AUGAAGUACGGGGCGCCGAAAUUAGAGAUUUUUGCGGUAGUUACUUUUGUCGAGAAAUACAGAGCAUACUUAGGCAGUGAACCGUUUAAGCUGCGGGUAGACAACAGUGCACUCAGCUGGCUGAAGACGUACUCGAUGGACCAGAGCUACAUUGGGAGAUGGAUAGAUCGCCUGGAUGGGUACAACAUGAUAAUUGAGUAUAGAACUAGGGACAAACAUCAGAAUGCCGAUAGCUUGAGUAAGAAGACGGAGUUCUACGAGAGGCAGGAACAGAGGGAGGCAGACAGGCCUGAGAUUAAAGAUGGCUUCUCCUUCAUGGACAAAGAAACGUAUGACAGUCUCCCACUCACGAGAUGGCUAGACAAGUCAGGCAAACCGAAAGAGGAUCAUCCCGAAUUACCAGAAGAGCCCCAAAAGAAAACAAUCUUGAAGAAGAAACGAGGGACACCGAUAGAGAUAAUGCUCAAGUCAAAAAUCGUGAGAGAGACGCUCAAGGCAAAAGGUUAUGACCUCAACCAGGUGGAGACGGGAGAUACUCAGGUAGAUGAAGACUUGUGGAGAUUACUUGAGAAAUUGGCAGAUGAUAAACCCGUGAAAAAGUAG